GUGUGGCGUGAUAGUUGCACCGGUAACGUCAUGGUCACGUGUUCAGCCGUUGUCUUGUGCAUUACCAUGAUGGCGGUUAUGGAGCUGUCUGUGUAGCUCACCUGGUAACAUUUCCGUGUUAACAACGAGGGCACCACGAUCGUCCGACCAAAAAUAUCGAAAUAAAAGCCUUCAUAAAAAUGCCACCGCAAGAGGAAGAGAAGAUAACAGCUAGCAACGGAGUGCCCCCACGUGACCGACUGGUGACGUGGGCCGAGGUCCGUUCCCAUGACAACAAGCACGACCUGUGGUUCGUCAUUGAUGGCAUGGUCUAUGACGUCACUAACUGGUCCAAACGUCACCCGGGAGGAGCCAAGAUCCUGAGUCACUACGCUGGACAGGAUGCCUCCGAGGCGUGGCUUUCCUUCCACAACGACAAGGCAACGGUGAGGAAGUACAUGAAGCCGUUAUGUAUCGGGAGGUUGGAAGACGGGGGUCCGAAGGAAGCGGAACAGAUCAAAAAGGACUUCCGUGAGCUGAGAGAGACAGUGGACAAAAUGGGGUUGUUCAAGCCCAGCUACACCUUCUUUGGCGUGCACCUAGCCCACAUCGUCCUCCUUGACGUGCUGGCGUACCUCAUCAUCGCUCACUACGGGGCAGGGUGGGUGCCGGUCGUCUUAGCCAGUAUUGCCCUCGCAAUAUCCCAGACCCAGGCAGGCUGGCUACAGCAUGACUUCGGCCACUUGUCUGUCUUCAAGACGAAGUGGAUGGACAACUUAGCCCAUCAAGUGGUCAUCGGGCUCUUAAAGGGGGCGUCAUCCGCUUGGUGGAAGAAUCAACACUACCAACAUCACGCCAAGCCUAACGUGAUCCAUAAGGACCCGGAUAUUCGCGUGGAGCGUGUUUUCGUUGUUGGUGACGUCAUGCCCGUGGAGGUGGCGAUGAAGAACAAGAAGAGCGCCCCGUACAACUGGCAACAUCUCUACUACAUGGUCCUGACGGUGGCGCUGGUGCCCGUCUACUACCAUAUCAUGGUGUACCGCUUCAUCUUCACACGGCAGAAGUGGCAUGAGCUCGUGUUGGCGGUUUUGUUUCCCGUCAUCUUCGUCACAUCUUUCUACCCGCACGUGGGACUGACGAAAACCAUCGCGAUGUAUGUAUUGAUGAGGGCUAUAGAGAGCCAGUGGUUCACCUGGGCUACACAGAUGAGCCACAUCCCCAUGGACAUAGACAAGGACAAGGACAAAGCCUGGGUUACCAUGCAGAUGCAUGCUACCUGCAACGUUGAGAAGAGUCACUUCAACGACUGGUUCACCGGACAUCUCAACUUCCAAAUCGAGCAUCACCUGUUUCCGACCAUGCCACGUCACAACCUGUACAAGGCGACCCCUCUGGUGCAGUCCCUCUGCAAGAAGCACGGGCUGGAGUACACAAUCAAGCCGCUAGGGGAGGCACUCAUCGAUAUCCUGAGGAGCCUGAAGAAAUCCGGACAACUCUGGCAAGAGACCCAUUCCCACACCUGGCUCCAUGGUUAACAACUUUAACAAACAUCUGUUUGUGACUCUUACGCAGCCGUUUGAGUUUACAAACAGAAACGUACUGAUGAUGAAUAUAAUACAUUUGGUAUGUUUGAAAACGUUCAUAGUUCCAACAAGCAUCUUUAAACAUAGAUGAAAAUUACUUGGAAACAACGAACUAAGAGAAUAGCUACAGACACCAAUGAUGAAUGGAUUGAAUAAUUGCUCCAUUUCAAUGGUCGCAUCUAUCUUUUUCUCUACACCAAAAAGUGUGUGUGUUAGUAGAACGGUCCCACAGUCAUGGACUAUAAAUGAGUAUGCCAAUUUGCUGAAAUGCAUUAGAUUAGAUUAGAUUAUUUCUUUUUUCUUGCGUACCCCCAUAUAGCCCCUUCAGGGGCAAAGUUGCUGUGGGUGAGGAAUUUGGGCGACAGGCCUCCAGUCUAGCUCGGAAUGACACAAAUGUUGGGGGUGUUACAAAAUUAACUACUACAUUUACCAACAGAUGAUUCCCAGUUUAAUUUAAGUGAGAUACGUUAUAGUACAAAAUACCCUGGUGCUUACAAAGGACUUCGUAAUCUCUACACUUAAAAAUGGCUUCAGUAAAAAGUGGCACACAAUCAAUUAUAGCAAAAUUUAAAGAGUGAGAGGGAGAGAAAGACCGUUACUGAAAUUUUGAAUAGUGAGAGGGAGAGAAUAAAGACCGUUACUGAAAAUCUAAAUACAAUAGUACACAUAAUACGUUGUAUUAACAAUCCUAUUUCAUUCUCUCAUGACAAGACAUUGUAUAAAAACAUAAAAUGACUUAGAUAAGAUGGGUAAGAAAAGUAAUAAUAGUUACACUGGACAUAUGCAUUUGUCGUCAUUGCACACACAAAAAUUGAUGAAAUAUACAGCAUUAUGUAUUAGUGGUGUACUUAAUCAACACUUGACGGAGAUAAAACAAGAAAAUAUAUCUUCACAGAUGAUAGCCACUUUUCGAGGUUAACAAUUUUGUGGAUGUUGAACCAUGUUAAAGCAAUCAUAUGAAA